AUGAAAGUAGUUUCUAGACAUUUUUCCUUGUUGAAUAAAUACGCUGUGGUACACGCUUGUAGCAAAGAGAUUGUAAAUCGUUUCAUGGAGAUACACUACGAACUGUGCGAGAUUUGCCAAAUCGUGAACGAAUGGUUUUCACUCCAACUAUUGUUCGUAUGUUCUUUGGUAUUUUUGGCUACUACGCUAAAUCUGAACGCGAUGUUCAUGGCACUAAUAUCCUUCCUGGACCCUUUGCCUCCUCAGAUAACUAUAUUCAUUUCGAGUACGUUCUGGGUCGCAGCCAGGCUGUACGAGAUGUGGGAGAUAUUCGACGCCUGCUCAAAAACUGAACAAAAUGCAGAGGAGUUUGGCGGUGGUUUAUCAAAAUUAAUGAUUAAUGAAAAAAUGAGAAAUGACAAUGAAUUACUCGAUAUACACUUCCAUGUCCAGCCCAAAUUGUCGAUCACAGCUAGUGGAUUUUUCAGAUUGAACAACUCUUUAUUUCAAUCGAUGCUUGCUUCAGCAACGACCUAUAUCGUUAUUAUUAUUCAAGUUCAACCUCAAAUGCAAGGAAUCGUUUGCCCCGAUCUUAUCUACAAUGGCACGGCGCCUGUAAGCUCUUGA